AAUGUUUUCACAAUUGUAAUGAUAAUAAUAACAACGUAUAUUUUACAAUGCCGACGAGGCCGUUACACGGUCGAACAACGACAAUAGUGUUAUGUAAAGUUACAAUAACGCGCGACGGAUGGUCGAGUGGUUGUGCCGCCGCCUUUUUCGUAAAUCGUCUGUUGUCGUACAGUUAUUAGUUAUUACUUAUUAUAGGUGAUUGUCGUCGUCGUCGUCGUCGUCGUCGUCGUCGUUGCAUUUAAUAACACAACAGCGUUUCAUCAUCGUCACCGUUUCGCCUUUUUUCUUUUUUAUAUAUAAUAUAUAUUCUCUGGUUGUUUUUUAUUCAAUUUCCCCUACUCUCGUCGUUUGCCGGCCGCCGAUCGGGUGAUGCGCUCGCGCGCUUGACUUGCCAUCAUUAUCUUUAGGCUCGACCCGCGCGGAGGCCUUUUAACCUCGAGAUUACGUCCAGACGUUGAUAGGGCCGAGACCAAUAGAGAUACGGUCGUCGUUGGACGGCUGGCGGCGCACACAAUGUGCAACCGACGCCUAGCCACCGUCCGCUGUCUGUCUGCCGACAGUGCUCCUUGAUUGUCGUCAAACGAUGCAGGUGCCUUCGUGCGGCGAUACUAUGACGUCAGAGUCGGCCGACAACGGUCUGUGUGACAAGUCCAUAACGCUCCGCAAGCACCGAAAAAAUGUAUUUAAUAAAUCAGCAUUGAGAAUGGUAGCUGCAGAAAUGACAAGUAAUCAAGAUAAAGAUGUCACUCAAGUGCAAUACAUAGAUAUCAGUCCUGAUUUUCUAACAACUGGCCGAACUGGAAGAAGGAAUGCAUUGCCAGAUAUUCUAGGUGAACACAAACUAACGUCCACAGCUGAUUUGCCUGACCGGUUACAAGCACUUACAACAAAUGAAGGAGCUGGGACGAGUAAUAUCCAGCCAUCAACUAGUAGUGAUUCAGACAUGAUAAAAACACAAAAUGCAACGUGUUAAAUGACUGAAUGAAAUGUAAAAUUAUAAUCAACUACUACUUUAUGUUCCGAAGGUAAAAUGAAACAAACUAAACACACCUAGAUUGGCUAGAUGUUAUAGCCUUAAUUAUUUUUGAGUUGAACAGAAAGCUACCUUAUAGUUUUAAUAUACUCCUAGUCUCUUAAUAAUCAGACCAAAGCAUAAAAGUACUUUUAUUUUAUUUUUUUCAUUUAUUUAUUUAGUUCUGUAACUUUUUUUUUAAUCGAAAGGUUUUGUUCCUCUAUUCAAUUGACUGUAUGUAAAUUUUUUUAAAAAAUUGUGUAAAUCUUUUUUUUAAAAAACAAUUAUUGUAGUAAAUAUUUAAUUCCUAAUUUAUAGAAAAAUUAUAUUUUGUCCUAAACCAUGUCCUAAACUUAAA